CGGACCCUAUGACGGCUUCUCUACCACAUUUGUCGAGCAGUCAUUGAAUCACGCUCACCUCAUGCUGUUGAUUUCAAAGCCGCCGUAGAAAUUUUAAUUGAGCCUCAGAAGGCCCGGCCACCAGACUUCGCUUUAUAAGAAUGAGAUUCGCCCAGUAGACUUGCAUUGCUAUACAACUAGUUUAGUCCACUACUCAUUCGCGCCCAAUCUCACCCCAUACAUUAUAAGCACAAGCGAUACUCUCCGACCUGUAAGAAGACUACUAUCACAUCACAUAACACAUCAUGGGUUCCAUAGAGCAAAAGCCUCUGAUCAUCAACAAGGCCGCUGAAGGCAUCUCCUACUUCACUCCAGCCCAGAACCCGCCCGCCGGCACAGCGGCGGUGCCUCAGUCUGAUGGUCAGCCUGUUCCGAAACUCUUUCAACCACUCACGAUCCGAGGAGUCACUUUUCAAAACCGCAUCUUCCUGUCCCCUCUCUGCCAGUACUCGGCACAAAAUGGAUAUCUUACCGAUUGGCACUUGACACACUUGGGAGGGAUUCUCCAACGUGGGCCCGGACUUACCGUGGUUGAGGCGACGGCGGUCACGCCAGAAGGUCGUAUCACACCCGAGGAUGCUGGCUUGUGGGAAGACGGGCAGAUUGCUCCUAUGAAACGGAUCGUCGAGUUCGCUCACAGCCAAAGCCAGAAGAUCGGCAUCCAGCUGGCCCACGCUGGCCGGAAAGCCUCCACCGUUGCGCCGUGGUUGAGUCUGGGAGACACCGCCCAAAAGGAAGCCGGUGGUUGGCCCACGGAGACGCUGGCGCCCAGCGCCAUUGCCUUUUCGCCUACCUUCCCGCAUCCCAACGAACUCACUCUUGAAGGAAUCCAAAGAAUCAAGGAUGCCUUUGUUGCCGCGGCCAAGCGAGCGGUUGAGGUCGGCUUUGAUGUCAUUGAGAUCCACAACGCCCACGGAUACUUGCUGCACGAGUUUUUGAGCCCUGUGUCCAACAAGCGGACCGAUCAAUACGGCGGUUCGUUCGAGAACAGAACCCGCCUGACUAGGGAAAUUGUCGAGGCUGUCCGAGCGGUCAUCCCCAAGGAUAUGCCCUUGUUCCUUCGAAUCAGUGCAGAUGACUGGCUUAAGGGACAGGAAGAGUUCCCUGAAAGCUGGACGGUCGAGGACACAGUCAAGUUGGCUCCAAUAUUGGCCGAGUUGGGCGUGGACUUGCUCGACGUGAGCUCUGCUGGUCUUCACCCGUCUCAGAAGAUCAAGGGUGGUCCAGGCUAUCAAGUUCCAUUUGCCCAAGCUGUUAAGGACAAGGUCGGUGAUAAGCUUCAUGUGACCGCUGUCGGUAGCAUCACCUCCGGACCGCAAGCCCAAGAGAUUGUUGAGAAGGGCUUAGAUGCCGUGUUCGUCGGCCGAUAUUUCCAGAAGAAUCCUGGCCUGGUGUGGGCUUUUGCCGAGGAACUCGGAGUGGAAGUCCACAUGGCUCAUCAGAUCGAAUGGGGAUUUGGAGGACGUGCAGGCGGUAAAGGGAAGAAGCAUCAUUAAAGUAGCAUUGACAAUCACCUGCGUGCUAGAGCAAUUUGGAAAAGAGUGGUACAAUACAUCUGAUAUCGGUCCUUAGUGGCCUGCAGCGUUGGCGUUUGAGAGAACACGGGCGGGUGUAGAGAUAGAAUCAUCUACAUAGAGAGAAUAUACAAGCUCACGGUGACUACAAAUCAGUUUGCCGGGAUGAGGCAAUUCUAUCCUUACUUCAUGUUGUAAAUAGG